UCGAGCGUUACGGUUUAUCAGUUUCGCAGCUCACUUAUUUCUGCACGCGAACCAUCCAAUUAUCGAUCUGUCUUGUCAAUCAAGUUUGAAGAGAUACAGCAAAGAUAACUGUUAUAGGAAGUAGAAACAUUGAAUCUGAUAUUCUUCAUCAUCAAGUUGGUCUUUGGAAACAACAACUAUCAAAAGUUUCUUUGAAAGUUUUUUUUUUGUUUUUUUGUUGACAAAAUAGAAGAAGAUCCUUGGUAGAGAAAUUAUUGUUCAUGGACAAAAAUUCACUAAAGCGAGAUCCAGACUUGGAUAAAUGCCUGGCGCCUAUACACGACGAUUAAUCACCGUCUAAAGUGUCACGUUUUAAAGAACAGAGAAAUGUCUUAUAUAGCUCAAAAUAACUGUGAGCAAGAAAACAGUAGCAACGAACUUAUUAUGAUCAUCUUUAAGAUAUGAUAGAAGUUAACAUCCACCUGACACAGCUCCGGAAUUUCAAUGAGAUUAACAACAUGAUAACUCAAAAAUACUAGUCUAAAGUUAUUUUAGAUAAAGACAAAUCUUAUUAUUUAAAAAAAUAAAAAGAAAUUGAUUCUAGUCUCUAAAAUGUCCUUAACAAAUUUUAGUCUACCGUUUCCGGUGGCUACACCAUCAUACCUCUUUAAUCCAAGUAUGUCUGAACAAACUCCAGCAAACAAUCUGCGUUUGAACGCAGCUUUACCACCAUCUUCACACUUCCAUGAAGAACGUCACUUUCAGAACCAACCGUACCUCCCGCCUGUUUCGUAUCAACGACAACAACAUCAAUUUCACCACCAAGAACGAUCUCAACAAAGAAAGAAUUAUCAAUAUUACAAGCAGCAACCACAAUCGCAAACUCAAAAUCAAUAUAAAACUCCCAGCAUUCAAAGCCAGCAAGAAUAUUCGUCACAGACUACAAGGUUUAAUGACUAUGAAGAUGACUAUAGAAGAAUACCACCGAGAGAGCAGUCUCACAUUCAACCUGAUCAGGAAAUGAGACCACCUUCACCGGUAGAUAUUCAAAGACAGAGUUCAAGUGUAGCAAAUCACAAUGUCCCUCAGGCUAACCAAGAUCAAGAUCAUUUUACUGAUCAUCCUGAAGGUUACACCAAAGUGAGUAGUGGAUCUUAUGGAAAUCCAAGAGCAAAAACUUCAGUUCAUGCAGUCAUUGACUAUGAUGAUGAUGAUGAUGAAACAAACAACGGAGAUGACUAUUAUGAUGAGAAUAUUCCGAAAAACCCAAGAGUUACUCCAAUUCAAGGACCAAUUUUCCUCAAGAAUGGAACGGUUCCAGUUGUUCCUCUUUAUUCAUACCCACAAUACAAUAAUGGAACCUUUGUUCAAAUACCUAUUUUGUGGACGGCUUUGUCAGUGGCAUUGGGAGUUGAAUUACGAGGAGAUCUCGUCCGAGGGACACCGUGUAUUAAAAAAUAUCACCAGUUAUUUUGUCCUACUGCUGGUAAAACUUAUCCUAUAGAAAGAAUAGAAUUAUUUAUAGAUGAAAAUAAAGCUCUGAUGAAAAGAAUGUAUGGAGAUUUUGAAAUGGACAAAGAUCAUGGUCCUGAGACGAGUUCAUCGCCAAGAAGAAGAAAAAGAAGAUCUUUUGACGAUUAUGAUUUUCCUGAUGGAGGACCAAGUCUAAGAAGAGAUCCAUUAAAACCAGGAACUGUUGAAGGUGGUGAUUCCUUUUUUAGUCAAAUUAGAAAUACAAGACAAGCACCUAAGAAUGUUCCUAAAAAUACUCCUAAUGAUACUGGAAGAGUUGAUGUUUGUGAGUCUAAAGUCGAAGUUGUAACUCCCUACUGGGCAAGCAACAGUGCAGGAAAAAUUCGAGCUAUCGUAAACACUCAACACUUUGAACAAGCAAUUCAUCAAGAAGUCUGUUCAAAAACUCAAACAAAUCGAUGCUCUGGUGAGUGUGGCUGCGAGCAGAAGUACAAAUGGCAUAGGCUGCUUGCUUAUGAUCCAGAAGAUGAUUGCAAAGGUAUUUUUAUGGACUGGUUUCUCUUUCCAUCCUGCUGCGUCUGUCGUUGUGAUCCACACGCCAAGUUUCCCGGUACAGCUACGAUGAAUAAUCGCAGCGGAUAAUCGUAUUAAAAUUUAAAUUAAUUACCAUAAAUCUUUUUAGUUUUAUUCUCUUAUUCUGAAUAGAUUUCAGAAAAAUUUGUAUUCAUACUAAAAAUCUUUAGAUGAAGUUAAUGAAGUUGGAGAUUUUUUUUACUGCACUUCUACUCAAUAGUUUAGUAAUUCACGUAUUAGUACUGCUAGUAAUUUUUUUCCAAUUAGUUUGUUUAAUGUUUUAUUACCAUUAAAACUAUAUUGUUAUGUUUACGUGACUUUGUAUGUCGAAUGCACAAUUUUCGUGCCAUUGAUAAUAAUGAGAGUUAUUAUAUGAGUCGGGAAUGAUGCAAUUAAUUACCUAUACUGGAAAUCAUUUGUAAUUGUUAUUAUGUGUGAUUAAAUUAUAUGAUUAGUAUUAUGAGUAUUAGUAUAUAAAGUUUUCCACAUAGAUUAUUUUUAUUUUAUUGAUAAAAAUUACAUAAUGUAAAUAUAUUUUUCAGUAGUAAUAAAUAUAUCAUUUAAGAAAUGGUUGAAUCAUUACUGGUGAGUUUUCUUGUAAUGAUUUUAUUCAAUUUACAGUUAUUACAAGAUAUUCAGUUAAAAGUUAUAAUUUCUCUUGUAAAAAAUUAAUGUUAGUGAGUUUUUCGUUGUGAUCCAACACUUGAUAAAAAUGUAAUCUCAGAGUUCACUCACGCGUUUGUAACUCAAUGAAAGUUCCAAGUCCCUUAGGAUCUAAAAGUCAUUUUCCAACAAAACUUUGCGAUGUUCAGAAUAAAUAACUAUACAAAACAUCGACAAAAAUAAAUAAGACAUUUUUAUUAUAU